AUGCCUUAUAUGAAAGAUCCAAAAGAUACUUCUAAAAAUGGUUACUCCACGGCUGCUAGUUACCUAACAACAGGAGAGAUAAACCAACAAAAAUUUUUAGAAGAACUUCGCUUUUGUAAAACUAUGAGGGAAAUCUUGUUCGAAAUGAAAAUUUCUGAACAAAUUGACGAUUUUGAUGAUAUUUUAUUAGAAAUUUCGCAGGAUGCUCGAAGAAAUGCGAUUAGUGAGAAAAGUUUUAAAAGUUUUUCAUCAUAUGCUGUAGUCCUUCCUGACAGUAUUAAUAAAACCUUGGAUAAAGCUGAUAUUUCUAUUAGUAGUAGAGAAUUUGGGACUUUCAAUUAUGAAAAUGCAAUUGAAAAAUAUACGGAUUUAUUUUUUCAAAGAUCACUCCGAGUUGCUGCUCUUGAAUCACAGAUUAAUAUCCUCGAUAAACAGAUUGGUGCUCUUGAAAAAUUUGAAAAAAAAGAUCUUCCGGGCAAAAAGAAGAUGUUUGAUGACUUAUAUGAUAAGAAAAAUGAAACAGGCAGAGACGGAAAAUGGAUUUUCACUGAGUUAAGGAGUUUGGAAGCAUAUCUAGACACGAUUAAAAAAGAAAUGAAUGAUGAUGCAGCUUUUGAUGCAGAAUAUAAAACUAAAUCUGAUGAAAUUGCUGGUUUAAUAACAAAUGCUAAAGCUGCUCAUAAGGAAGAUGGCAAAAACCUCACUGGGUUAGAAGAUAUAAAAGCUUCUUUCGAUAAAUAUAAAGGAUAUGUUAAAUUAGAUGAUAAAGAGGAAAAUGAAUACAAUCAAAUUGACGAUGCGAUAAAAAAUCCAAAUAAAUACCAAGAUGAUAAACCAAUUACUUCUGACCUGGACCCAACGAAGUUAACCACCGAAAUCAAAAAAAUUUUUAUUGAUACUUAUGCCCCAAACAAGAGUGGACAUAAUGGACUCCUGUCUCAUUUAAAUGAAAGGGGUGAU